CCAAACAAAAGGUACCAUUUCUACAUUUUCUCUUUUUCUUCAUAGAGUGAGAGUGGAAGUAGGGGUUUAAGGUUCUUGAAGGUAAGUUGUUCGCCCUGCGUAUACCGAUUCUCCCUUCAAGUUUUUUAAAACAGAAAAAUCCCAAUCCAUCAAUGGACAAGGAGAAAACAGGGGAUGACGAGAAGCAGCAGAAAGACACUUCCUUUGACCUCAAUGAUUACACCAUCAUCAAAGAAGGAGAAGCUGAGAUUCUUAUGCAUUCCAAAAAUCAAGUCUUUUACAACAAAACCCAGGUGAAUAAUAGAGAUAUGUCUAUUGCUGUUUUGAGGACCUUUAUAUCACAGCGCAAGCUGGAGCAUGAAUCAAUGUUGGACAGACGAGUGAAGACUGGCCCUAAAGUACCAGAUGAAUCAGUUUCUGAAAUGGAACCUCCAGCUGAUUCUGUGCACUAUAAUGGAAAAUUCAAUGAUGGAUAUGAACUCUUGGAAGAGAUGUCCUCGGAUGAACCAUGUAGCAUCUCAGGGGCGCCGACCAGAAAUCUACGGGAAAAAGAUCGAGAAGAGCUGAAGCCAGCACGAGUUCUUGAGGCUCUUUCAGCUUCUGGAUUGAGGGCUUUAAGAUAUGCACGUGAAGUAGAAGGAAUUGGUCAAGUUGUGGCCCUUGACAAUGAUAAAGUCUCUGUUGAAGCUUGCAGGAGAAACAUAAGAUUCAAUGGUCCUGUGGCAUGCUCAAAGCUGGAGUCCCACCUUGCGGAUGCUCGAGUUUAUAUGCUUACCCAUCCCAAAGAAUUUGAUGUGGUUGAUCUUGAUCCUUAUGGAUCACCAUCUCUGUUCUUGGAUUCUGCUGUUCAAUCUGUUGCAGAUGGGGGGAUGUUAAUGUGUACUGCUACUGAUUUGGCAGUGCUAUGUGGGGGAAAUGGAGAAGUAUGCUAUUCCAAAUAUGGCUCCUAUCCUUUGAGAGGGAAAUAUUGCCAUGAAAUGGCUUUGCGGAUCCUUCUUGCCUGCAUCGAGAGCCAUGCAAAUCGGUACAAAAGAUAUAUUGUUCCAGUAUUAUCUGUUCAGAUGGACUUCUAUGUACGUGUUUUUGUUCGUAUCUAUAGUUCAGCAAGUGCUAUGAAGAAUACUCCUCUGAAGCUCUCAUAUGUCUAUCAGUGCACUGGUUGUGAUUCUUUCCAUCUUCAGCCAGUCGGAAGAACUAUCGCAAAGGAUAACAGCCUCAGAUACCACCCCGGAUUUGGCCCAGCUGUUCCUCAAGAGUGCAGUGAUUGUGGAAAAAAAUUCAAUAUGGGUGGACCGAUAUGGUCUGCGCCCAUCCAUGAUCAAGAAUGGGUAGCUGCCAUACUUGCUGAUGUGAAAUCAAUGAAGGAACAGUAUCCAGCUUAUGAUCGAAUCUGUGCUGUGCUGACAGCAAUUUCAGAGGAAUUACCUGAUAUUCCUCUGUUUCUGAGUUUGCACAAUAUCUCCGCAACACUGAAAUGCACUUCUCCCUCAGCAAUUAUCUUUCGCUCUGCUGUAAUCAAUGCUGGAUAUCGCAUAUCGGGGACUCAUGUGAAUCCUUUGGGAUUGAAAACAGAUGCUCCUAUGCAUACCAUUUGGGAUAUCAUGCGCUGCUGGGUCAAAAAUCAUCCUGUGAAAGCUCAACCAUCUAACCAGGCUGGAAGUAUGAUUCUUGCUAAGGAACCUGUUCUGCAGGCUAAUUUUGCUCGGGCUGUUGCAUCCUUUAGCAAGGCACAGGCUAAGAAGGUUGCUCGUUUCCUUCCUAAUCCCGAAAAGCAUUGGGGCCCAAAACUCAGGGCAGGUCGCAAGAUUACUGAGAGGAUUGUGAAAAUGCUUGUAGGACUUGGGAGGUAGAUAUUUCAUUUGUGUCGGUUUUUUGAAUCUUAAAGGAGGUAGGCCAUUUCUUUUUUCACUUUCCCUUUAUUACCUUUUAUCUUAGUUUUGAUAUUACUCCGAUUUAAUAAGUUCUUUGUGUAACAUGUUGUUUCUUGUUCUCCAUUCGUUUUCUUAGAAAAAAAAAAAGAAAUUAGUACUACUAUGUAAAAACAUUAGCCUAAUGUCAUACUGUCAAUAGUUGUUAUGACUUUAUCCAUGUUAUCUCAAGCUGUAAAGCUGCACUAAGUCACUUACUGUUGUUUCCAACAAAACAGAGAGAAGGUAGAUUAUGGAGUGGAGUUUCUCUUUUUCUGCAUCUAAAUGCUGGAUUUUGAUUAGUGGUAUUGCGAAGUCAGUGAUUACAGCUCAAGGAUUUUCAAAGUUGAUAAUUGAAAAAUAAAAAAUUGCUGCACCCUUCAUUGUACCUGUAAAAUGGUAUAAAUAAGUUGUUUCUUGCUGUAGGUGGUAUUCUUCUGGAACUAAUGCUUCUAAAGAUUUGUUGUCCCCUUGAUUGCAGCCUCGCUAAACAUGAGUUACAAAUUAUUAGAUAUUUCGAAGCUUAAAACAGGAUCUGCUCCUGCUCGUAGUAUUUUAGAAAUGACAUGAUUGUAUAAAAAGCUUUUAUACCAUCAGGUGAUUAUAAACUCUAGAGGUGGAUUUUGAUAAAUAAAAUAGCCUUCCUAUAUUUCACAAGCA